AUGAACGGUACCAUCUUCGAAAACCAUAGUGAACACCCGAUUGCAAUCGUUGGCGGUGGUCUGGGCGGUCUUGCUUUGGCUAUUGGUCUGCUCAAGCACGGAAUACGUGUUCAUAUCUACGAGUCUACGGAGGCUUUUUCCGAGAUCGGUGCAGGUGUCGCCUUUGGUAUUAACUCGAUUACGGCACUACACAAAAUCGACCCAAACCUGCUCGAAGGCUACAAGAAGCAUGCCACCUUCAACGCUGAUGACGAUCGUGCCAGCACAUUCAUGUCUUACCGUUGGGGCAUGGAUGGGAGGAAACAUGGACACAGAGCAGGAGAUAUGAUGUGGAACCUUAACGACAAAUGGCGACCCGAGCGGGCACAUGCUCUGGGUGUGAAGACAAGAAGUUGCAUUCACAGGGCACGGCUGCUGGACGAGCUGGUGGCGCUAUUACCCGCGAACAUCACAAGCUUCAAGAAGAACUUCGUCACCGCUGAAGAGCAGAAUGACGGAUCGCUCGAGCUGCAUUUUGCAGACGGCACAACUGCUGUGGCAAGCGCAAUCAUAGGAUGUGAUGGGAUCAAGAGCAAGGUACGACAGCUCGUAUGCGGCCCAGACCUACAAGCAACGUACGCUGGCGAAGUAGCCUAUCGGGCCAUGGUACCCAGAGCCGAUGCUGAGAAAGCACUCGGAGCCGACCUUGCGCUCAACGGUACCAUAUACUGCGGAUAUGGCGGAUACAUCGUCACAUACCCCGUCGAAAACUAUGACUUCGUCAAUAUGGUCGCCAUACCACACGAUGUAGGCGAGACAUGGUCUUGGAGCCAGGAUGAGUGGACCGUGCCAGCAACCUCCGAUGAGAUCCGUCAGCGCUUUGAGGGAUGGUACAAACCGCUCAUUGACAUCAUAUGUGAACACAGUUUGCCAUGCAAGUGGGCUUUGUUUGACUUGCAGCAUAAUGCACCUUACUGCAAGGGGAACAUGUGUCUACUCGGCGACAGUGCCCACGCAACUACACCACAUCUCGGCGCAGGCGCGGGCAUGGCAAUGGAAGACGCGUAUUUACUCAGCAGUCUGAUCGCUUCGAUCGACAGCAUCGUGCAGAUUGGAAAUGCAUUUCGAGCAUACGACGCUGUAAGACGACCGCGUACGCAAGGUUGUAUCGAGAGAAGCCGCAAUGCAUCGAUAGCGAUGGAUUUUCUGACACCAGAAAUCGCUGAUGAUACAAUUGCGCUGAAGCAGAUGAUGGAGAUCUCUUACGAGUGGCUAUGGCACGAGGAUCUCGAACUGCAGCUUUGCGAAGCAAAGAAGCUUCUCUAG